CACCUUUUGUGUUUCCCCGCACCGUCAAUCAAAAUAGGAAAAAAAAAACGCGCCUGGUUCUCUCCGUCCGCAGCGCGCCUGUGAUUAUUAUACUCUAAUCAUGUCACGCGUCUAAUAAAGCCACCGCGGCCUGCGCAGCCCUGCCCGGGCCUGUUGGCUUUCCCCCUCUCUCUCCUUGGAGAUUGUGUUCCUUUAAUCCGGCCACAAACAAUGACGGCUCCUGAACAGCCCGUCAAGAGAGAGGAAAUGGCCGCCAUGGAGGUGGACGGGCAGAACGAGUAUCUGCAGCACGGCAACAGCAGCGAUGACAGCGAGCAAGGCGGUGGCCAGUUACUUCAUAACUUCAUGUCUAGGCAAACGAUGUCAUAUUCCCCAACAGUCUACAGAAGGAGAGGAGUUACAGAGGAUUUGUCAUCUGUGCAGUUAUCAGGGGGGCCAAAUAGAUGGGAAGUUUUAACUCCAGCUCAAGCUGCUUUAAAAGAUGAAGCGGGAAAUAUUGUUCAGCUCCCAAGUGGUGCUACAGUAACUUCAAGUGGACAGUAUGUGUUACAGACGCUUCAAAAUCAACAUUUGUUUUCUGUAGCCGGGUCAGACACCGCUAAUGGAACACUGUCUAAUGUUCAAUAUCAAGUCAUACCACAGAUUCAGACAUCUGAUGGUCAGCAAGUUCAACUUGGCUUUGCCACGUCUAAUGAUAAUGGUGGAUUAGACCAAGAAUCUGGUCAGAUUCAGAUUAUUCCUGGAAACCAUUCUGCUAACCUUUUGUCAUCAAGUCCAAAUAUACUAACACAAGGUGGUCAACUUCAGCAGAUUCAAUAUGGAGGCCAAACACAAGUUGUUACUAAUGUCCCACUUGGCUUGCCUGGUAACAUCACCUUUGUCCCCAUUAACAGUGUUGACCUAGAUUCAUUGGGUCUGUCUGGUGGCUCUGAAGGCAUGACUGGCAUUACAGCUGAUGGACACUUGAUAAGUGCAGGGCAAGCUAUGGACAGCUCUGAUAAUUCUGAAAGGACUGCAGAUCAAGAGCAUGUUUCUCCUGAUGCUGGUGAUACAAACUCUGAAACGGAUAUGUUUGUGCCAACUUCUUCGUCAUCUCAGCUUCCUGUUACCAUAGACAGCUCAGGAAUGCUGCAGCAGAGUGCAAAUAAUAUGAGUGACAGUCCAUCUGGGCAUGUGCAAACAACUGAUCUUCAGGGAAACUACAUCCAGAGUACUAUGUCUGAUGAGCAGAAUAUUCAGGGCUCCACAUCGCAACAAAUGGUACAGCACAUCCAACUUCAAGAUGGCCAGCAGCAGACCAGUGAAGCCCAGCUUGUUCAGAGUAUAGCACAGCAGGCAUUGCAAGCAGUGCAGGCUGGGGGUCAAGCCAUAUCAUCACAAGCUCUGCAAAACCUUCAGUUGCAGCUUAACCCUGGAACUUUCCUUAUUCAAGCCCAAACAGUGACUCCUUCUGGUCAGAUUGCCUGGCAGACAUUUCAAGUUCAAGGAGUUCAGAACUUGCAAAACUUACAGAUUCAGAAUUCGUCUCCUCAACAAAUAACUUUGACGCCUGUGCAGACACUUACACUUGGCCAAGUUGGUGGAGGAGGUAAUCCAGUUAGUUUAAGUUCUGGGCAGUUGCCAAACCUGCAGACUGUUACAGUAAACUCUGUUGAUGCUGUAGGUAUUCAUUUGCAGCACGGGGAUCACUCUGACAGCCCGACAGGUAUUCGGAUUAAAGAGGAAGAGCCAGAUCCAGAGGAAUGGCAGCUUACUGGUGAUUCUACAGUUAACACCAAUGAUUUAACCCAUCUGAGAGUACAAGUUGUUGAUGAUGAACUUGACCAAUCAAAUCAAGAGGGAAAAAGGCUAAGAAGAGUAGCAUGCACUUGUCCUAACUGCAAAGAUGGAGCUGGAAGGGGUACAAACCUUGGAAAGAAAAAACAACACAUCUGUCACAUCCCAGGAUGCGCUAAAGUCUAUGGCAAGACCUCACACCUAAGAGCUCAUCUUCGUUGGCAUUCAGGAGAGCGUCCCUUUGUCUGUACCUGGAUGUUUUGUGGAAAAAGGUUUACCCGAAGUGAUGAGCUGCAGCGACACAGAAGAACACAUACUGGUGAAAAGAAGUUUGUGUGUCCAGAGUGUUCCAAGCGAUUUAUGCGAAGCGAUCACCUUGCCAAACAUAUUAAAACCCAUCAGAAUAAGAAAGGCAUGCAUGCCAGCAGUGCUGUACUGGCAUCCAUAGAAGCAAAGCCUGAUGAAACAUUGAUAACUGCCGAAGGUACAACCCUUAUCCUUGCAAACAUUCAGCAGGGAUCUGUAUCCGGCAUGGGGACUGUAAAUACCAGCAACCAAGAUCUCCUCUCCAAUUCUGAGAUUCCCUUACAACUCGUCACAGUUUCUGGACAUGAGACAAUGGAGUAAAUAUCAUGCGACACCUAUUAAUUGUGGUUAUUUUUAUACAGUAGUGGAAGAAAAAGCAAAUCCUUGUUCUUGAGUUCUUAGAUAUCUUUUUAUUGAUGUGCAAACUUUUUUGGAUUGACAGUAACUUGGUUAUACAUGACACUGAAAUGCCUUACUUUGUAUGCUAUUCCAUACGUAUGAUCAAUUGGUAAAAUUGCAUGGCUUUUGUAGGUACUUUUGGAAAUCUAGAAUUGAUGAAAUUUUACCAUGAUACAUACAAGUAUAAAUAACAUUGACAGAUGGAAAUGGUAGUCUAACCAAAUGCAUCAGUCCUGUGUGGUUUAGUGUAAAAUAAAUAAAUAAAUGUCAAAAACAAGUAAAAAAAAUAAAUAAGAACAUGUUGGUAUUUAUCUAUUGUAAGAUAACAAAGUUGAUGGGUCACGAAAAAAUUAUGUUAUGAGAUGACAUUUUGUAAUUUUCUUGAUGACUGGAAUUUUUAUUAUGCAUAACUGACAAAUCACAUUGAACAGCACUCAUAACCUGGCUCCCUUUUUACCAUUCCUCUGCUUACAAGAUAACAACCAAUUUGUUUUAAUUAGGUGAUCCUAUGUACACGUUUUAAGCAUUUCUCUUGUAAAGAACUAUAAGAAAAAUAAAUUCUACAAGUUUUAAUCUGACAAUAGCCACUGUCUAGACUGUGUGUUUAAUAAAAAGCCAUGCACAUAAAAUGUAUUUGCCAAAUUCUUCUUAAUGUUUGAGUCAUGAAGGCAAUAUAACCAAUGUUGAAAAACUUGUAGGUUGAAGCAUUUUUUUCAAUGGUUACAUGCAAUGAAAAAAGCACCCACUCUCUUGAACACUGGUGGACCAAAAAAUAAUAAUGAAUUGUUUGUCAUUAAGCACAUCUUUCGAUCUCAGAUAUUCAGACAUCAGAUACCAUUAUUGUAAAUUAAGUAGGCUAGCAUAUGCAAACAUGAUAUCAGUCGGUCAUUUCCAUAGUGAAACAAACAAGGCAUACAAAUCCUAGUCAUGGGGAAACCGGAGAAUUAUACAAGGGUGUGUUUUUUUUUUUAUUUAAUUUUUUUUCUGCCCCCUCCUCCUUUUUUUUAUUCUUUUUCAUCCUUUUUUUUUUUUUUUUUUUUUAACUUUAGUUGUUGAAUCAGCAUUUAAAACAACCUAUCUGCUUCUACCCAUUAAAAUUGUAUGUAUCGAAUACAUGUACCUGAUAAAUAUGUAUAUGUUUUUUUAUUAUGUUGCUGUAUUUUGUUUUAUUUUUUAACAAUUGUUUAUAUUUCAACUAUAGAACGUGUACAAAUACAAAGUGAAAUUGCAGGUAUGUAAGGUCUAUACCAUUUUUUCUAAGACGUAGUGAAAUAAAAUGAAUAGAGACUGCAGCACCUACAACAGUUCACCUAUUUACAGGCUUUUGUUUGAGUCUUUCUUAUUGUUAUGACACCUCAAAUUUAAAAGCUACCUUUAAAGUGUAUGUUUAAAGUGUAUUAUAACAGUGUGGUAGUUUAAUAAAACACUAUUUUCUUUCUUUCGA